CCCGUCCCAGCUGACAGUCAGCUGAUUGGGCCCUGAUUGACAGCUCCAAAAAGUUUCCUUGUUUCUAUACUAUUAUGCUAAUCGCGCCGCGCUCACAGCCUGCCAUUGGCCCAGAGUGCCAGUCAAUUUCCCAUUUGGGCCUGACGUCACAAGCGCUAUAAAACUCAGCAAUUGCUUUAAACUCUUCUUGCUGGAUCAGAGGCUUUAAAAUCUUUUUUCAUCUUCGCGCUGUACUUCGGUCUGCUCGUCCGCUCGGCCUAACCCCCCUUACUCUCCUGCCUUGCCUUUCCCCAGGACUUCGCAAUUUUGCUUUUUAAAAGAGAGAGAGAGAGGAGGGGGAAAAAGACAAGAAGGAACUGAACUCCCCACUCCCUUCCCUCCAGCCGGGCUUGCACCUCUGCCUUGCACUUUGCACAGAGGGAGCGAGAGCGAGGGAGACAGAGACAGAAACAGAAAGAGGAGAAAGAGAGAAAAUUAAAAAGAGCCAGGAGACGCGGAGGCGAGAAGCAUGAAGUGUUAACUCCCCCGUGCCAAGGCCCGCGCCGCCCGGACAGCGCCCGCCGCGCCUGCAGCCCCGAGCGGCCGCCGUGCGCGCCCCGCCUGCAGCCGGGCCGGCGAGCCGAGCCCUCCUUAUGCAAAGCGCGCGGCGGAGCGGCGAGCGGGGGACGCCACGCACCCGGCCGGGCUCCUCCGGCUUCGCUGCCGCCGCCGCAGCUCGCCGAGGACCUUCCCCAGCCUGAAGCCGGCGGCCCGGCGCGCACGGAGGCGAGCAGGCGAGGAGGGGCCGGAGCGAGCGAGCGAGCGAGCGAGUCCCUUGGCGUGAGCAGGCGGGGAGGGAGGGCGGGUGCGGGGGGCGCGGGCAGGGCGGGAGGGGGGGCGUGUGCGCGCUCGGAGGUUCCGGGCCAGCAGCCGGCGCGCGAGCUAGAAGCGCCCCAGCCCGGCAAGCUGGCUCACCCGCUCGCCGCCCAGCACAGCCCGCUGGCCCCUCUCCUGCAGCCCAUCUGGCGGAGCGGCGGCGGCGGCGGCGGCAGGAGGAUGGCAUCAGAACUGGCGAUGAGCAACUCCGACCUGCCCACCAGUCCCCUGGCCAUGGAAUAUGUUAAUGACUUCGAUCUGAUGAAGUUUGAAGUGAAAAAGGAGCCGGUGGAGACCGAUCGCAUCAUCAGCCAGUGCGGCCGUCUCAUCGCCGGGGGCUCGCUGUCCUCCACCCCCAUGAGCACGCCGUGCAGCUCGGUGCCCCCUUCGCCCAGCUUCUCGGCGCCCAGCCCGGGCUCGGGCAGCGAGCAGAAGGCGCACCUGGAAGACUACUACUGGAUGACCGGCUACCCGCAGCAGCUCAACCCCGAGGCGCUGGGCUUCAGCCCGGAGGACGCGGUCGAGGCGCUCAUCAGCAACAGCCACCAGCUCCAGGGCGGCUUCGAUGGCUACGCGCGCGGGGCGCAGCAGCUGGCUGCGGCCGGCGCCGGCGCCUCGCUGGGCGGCAGCGGCGAGGAGAUGGGCCCCGCCGCCGCCGUGGUGUCCGCCGUGAUCGCCGCGGCCGCGGCGCAGAGCGGCGCGGGCCCGCACUACCACCACCACCACCACCAUGCCGCGGGCCACCACCACCACCCGACGGCCGGCGCGCCCGGCGCCGCGGGCAGCGCGUCCGCCUCGGCCGGGGGUGCGGGCGGCACAGGCGGCGGGGGCCCGGCCAGCGCCGGGGGCGGCGGCGGCGGCGGAGGAGGAGGAGGAGGAGGAGGCAGCAGCGGCGGCGGGGGCGCGGCGGGGGCGGGGGGCGCCCUGCACCCGCACCACGCGGCGGGCGGCCUGCACUUCGACGACCGCUUCUCCGACGAGCAGCUGGUGACCAUGUCGGUGCGCGAGCUGAACCGGCAGCUGCGCGGGGUCAGCAAGGAGGAGGUGAUCCGGCUCAAGCAGAAGAGGCGGACCCUGAAAAACCGCGGCUAUGCCCAGUCCUGCCGCUUCAAGAGGGUGCAGCAGAGGCACGUCCUGGAGUCCGAGAAGAACCAGCUGCUGCAGCAGGUCGACCACCUCAAGCAAGAGAUCUCCCGGCUGGUGCGCGAGAGGGACGCGUACAAGGAGAAGUACGAGAAGUUGGUGAGCAGCGGCUUCCGAGAAAACGGCUCGAGCAGCGACAACCCGUCCUCUCCCGAGUUUUUCAUGUGAGUGUGACACGCGGCCCCAGCUGUAGCCACCCUGCUAGGCGCUCCGCGGGGACCCGGCCCGGGCCUGUGUGGGCUUCGGCUCGCCCGAACGCCGCGCUCGCCACCACCGCGCCCCCUCCCCAAGCCGAGCCCGGCCCCCGGUGCCCGCGCGCGCGCACACACAUCCAUGCACACACACACACACACACACACACACACACACACACAGAUGCACGCACGCACCCCACUCCCCGGUGUUGCUGGUGGUGGUGGUGGCGGCGGCGGUGGCGACAGCUGCGGCGGAGGCUGUUUUAAGUUGGGGAGGGAAGGGGUUUCCGGCCCGUGGAUUGCCGAUCUCAAAGUCUCCAUAACCUGCUAGCUUGCUGGGUUUUUCUUUUUCUUUUUUUCUUUUUCCUUUUU